AUGGCCCCGCCCUCUGAUCUCCCGAGAAUCUGUCCGGCACCUCUACCCUUAUCGCCGUGGCCCCACCUCCUCUUCCCUCUCCCCAAGACUCACUUGCCCCUCCCCGCGGUCUCCCAUACCCCCCUCCUUGACCUGCUCGUUCCAGUCCCUCUCUGGCCAUACGGGCUCGCUCAGCCCCCUGGGCCAAGCUGCCACUCCUGGCCCUGCUCUCCUGCUUCCCUCCGCGCACCUCUCCCGACUGUCCCCACUGACUACCUCCCCUUCCCGUCUGCUCCCAUCGUCGUUCCGGCGAGUAAUGACUCUGCUCCCACACCCUCGGGCCGACUUCACGCGGCUGAUGUCUCGCUGGGGGUGGCGACCACUCCCUUCUCUCCUGCAGCCGUGUGCCUGGCGGCGCGCGUCCUGCUUCCUCCCGCCCUUCCUCCCGCCAACGGCGCCGUUCGGGCGACCGCGAUUCUCCUCUGGUCCCCCCCCCUCACUGUUGCCGCCUGUGCGGUGAACGUGACCCCUCCAUCCGCUGCCCCUCCCUACGCCGCCGCGUUUCUGGCGAGUGAUGCUCCCCCCCAUGGCCUCCUCCCAGCGCCCGCGGUGGCGCCCCAGAGCGAACCGCUGUCCUUCCCGACGGUUGGGGCCCGUCGCACGCGAACCCCUCUCCUACGCCUCUCCUUCCUCCUCUGUCGUUGUCUCUGUGGUGCCGGCGUGUGUCGCACCGGGCGCGCGCUCUCCUUCCACGACUCCGCCUGGGACGUGGGGUCCCGCGCGCGUCUGCUCGCCGCCGUCCCGCCGCGGGUCGUGGUGCUCCUGUUCCCCGCCGUGCGCCCGCUCGCCGUCGGCCUCCUGCCCUUCAUCGCGCUCUUGCUCCCCGCCAUGCUCCUGCUCACCGUCGCUAUCCUGCUCGUCGCCGUAUUCAGGCUCGUCACUGCGCUCCGUUUCCUCGCCGUGUGCCUGCUCGUCGCGGUGCCACUGCCCGUCGUCGUACGCCGGCCCGUCGCCAAGCUCCCGCUCAGCCUCCUCGUGCUCACGCUCCUCCCGCCUUAG